AUGGAGGCUGUGCGGUGCGCGGAGCACGGGUCCCUCUGCUUCCUGAAGACGGGCGUCCGCGAUGGUCCCAACAAGGGGAAGAGCUUUUACGUGUGCGGAGCGCAGGGCCCGGCGGCCUGCGGCUUCGUUCUCCCGGCGCCUGUUCCUGCUUCUCACUGCUUGAUCCAUGAGGGAUGCAUGGUGGAGCUGCAGGUCUUGGUUCAGCAGCAGGACAGAGAUGAAUACCAGUUGUUUUACCGAUGCCUUAAAAGUAAGUUGAAUGGGAAGAAAUGGUGUGGAAGCAUCCCAUGGCAGGAUCCAAAAGCUACCAAAGUGUCAAAAGCCGUAGAAUCCCAGCACAACACAGCACCUCUCUUCAAUCCCAGCGGCCAAAGAAAUCCGUUCAAAGUGAUAGACAAGAAUUGUGAAGCAUCAUCCUGGAAACAAAUUAAGCAAGGAAACGGAGAGGAAAGUAAAGCAAAAGGAGUAAAAGCAGAGACAGAGCGCGUGCUGGUGUCACAUAAAGAAAAGAAAUCAACCUCUGAUUCCUCAAUAGAGAAAGAACCUCUAGAAGGGCUGAGCACUAAAAAGAAGCAGUCCACAGGAAAUAGGAGUGAUCCAGAACUUAAGGAAAGCACAGUGUCUGAAUCUAAACUUGGUCUUUCUGAGACUUGGAAAGGGAAAAACGCCCUUUGGGAGGAAGAGAAAUAUGGUGGCAGUGGCAGGGAAUCCAAGAAGUCUUCUGGACAUCUGGCGAAAGAGCCAGGCGGGAGAUCAAAGCUCUUUCCGCUAAGUCUUGAAAAGCAAAGUACAAGUACCAAGCCUCCAGAGGUGGAGCAGCAGCUCAGAGACAAAAGCUUAAAAAGCUGUGGGGAUACAGAAACCAGAGAGAAAGUAUAUACCGGUCAGAAGAAUGGAGAAACAAAACCGAUGCCUAAAGAAGAUACGAUUUCCCCAGCAGUACCACAGUCGGCAUUGCAACAUGCUGUCCUGAAGGGAGGAGCAGAGGCAGCACUGCCCAAGAUGCAAAUCAGGCCAGGCCUGGGACAGCCUGCUGAUGAAGUCUCUGACAGUGACAGUGAUGAAGUGGGACUUGUUUAUUCCUCAUCAGGUAAAAGUAAACCUGAGAAAUCAGUUGAGGAUUUGCAGUCAAGAGAGAUUCCUUCAGGAAGAUCAGGAAAGAGUAUGCAGGGGACAUCUUUGCCAGGAGCUGCAGCAUCGCAUCACGUGGAAGGACCCCAGGACCCUGAAGCUCUUCACAACCAUCUUGUAGUCCAGCUGAAGCAGAAGAAGAGUACGUUGGCUACAGUGAACAUCCAGCUGCUGCCAGAUAAAGGGGAACGGUUAUUAAAGCAAGUGCAGGAUUUGGAAGCUGCACUCAGUGCUCUUAACAUUUCGACAGCAGAUACUACUGAAAAAGGGGAGGAUAGCACAAGCAGCAGCUGCCGUGAGGAAUCUCUGCCUAACCCAUUUGGCAGGCCAGGUGGUACAAAGUUGAUAACACCACUACCGCUCCAGAAUCCUACAGCAAGGACAUCUUCAGGCUCACAUGGUCACCCCUCUGCUGCUGCUACUUCAGGUUCCAGUGAAUAUUACAGCCACAGUUUUGGAAUGAACUCUAGUGUGCAGAAUCUAUAUGGAGGAAGAAUGACAGAAGACCGAAUCAGGGCUGUACACAGUGCCACAAGUGAGGCUAUUAAUCAUCUUCACAAAUCUCUAGAAUCCUGUCCGACAGAGCAGACAGUAGCUGAAGAUCCCUCUGGACUGAAGGUUCCACUGCUGGUGCACCAAAAACAGGCGCUCGCAUGGCUACUCUGGAGAGAGAGUCAGAGGCCGUGUGGAGGGAUUCUGGCGGAUGACAUGGGCUUGGGGAAGACUUUAACGAUGAUUGCUCUCAUUCUGGCCCAGAAGCAGCUGAAGACAGAGAAAAGAAAGGAGAAAUUAGAAAUAUGGCUAUCCAAAAAUGAUUCCACUGUUAUCCCUUCCUGCAGCACUUUAAUCGUUUGUCCUGCAUCCUUGAUCCAUCACUGGAAGAAAGAGAUUGACAGACGUGUGGGCUGUGGCAAACUGAGGGUAUAUUUGUAUCAUGGGCCAAACAGAGAUAAACAUGCAGAGGUGCUCUCUGAAUAUGAUGUUGUUGUCACAACCUACAGCCUUCUCUCCAAGGAGGUUCCCACAAGCAAAGAGGAGGGGGAAGUCCCUGCUGAGGACCAUGAUGUGGGGAGUGGGUCAUCUCCCUGUUCCCCUCUGCUCAGGGUAGCCUGGGCUCGAGUUAUAUUGGAUGAAGCUCACAAUAUUAAAAAUCCAAAGGUUCAAACCUCUAUAGCUGUGUGCAAACUGAGAGCCAGUGCCAGAUGGGCUGUCACCGGGACGCCGAUACAGAAUAACUUACUGGACAUGUAUUCUCUCCUGAGGUUUCUACGUUGCUCUCCUUUUGAUGAAUACAAAGUGUGGAAGUACCAGGUAGAUAACAACGCAAAGAAAGGAGGAGAGAGGCUAAGCCUCUUAACCAGGAGCCUCUUAUUACGGAGAACUAAGGACCAGCUGGAUUCAGCUGGCAAGCCCUUGGUACCUCUGCCCCAGCGGAGCACGCAGUUGCAUCAGUUAAAACUUUCAGCAGAGGAGCAAUCUGUGUACAAUGUGCUCUUUGCAAGAUCCAGGUCGACACUACAAUCCUACUUAAAGAGACAAGAGCAGAAAAAUGAAGGCAGAGAGUAUACUGGUGGUAACCCAUUUGAGAAAGUUGCACAAGAGUUUGGGGUCAGUCAAAAGGAAUUUCUAGCAGGCUCCCAAAGUGCCUCCCAGGUCUCAAGUACUGUCCAUGUCUUGUCCAUGCUGUUGAGGCUCCGUCAGUGCUGCUGCCAUCUCUCCUUACUGAAAGUGGCUCUGGACCAAGUUAACUUGAACAGUGAAGGCCUUUCCCUCUCCAUUGAGGAACAACUUAGUGCUUUGACGCUGUCUGAGCUCCAGACUCCUGAUUCCAAGUCAACAGUCUACCUCAAUGGCACAGCUUUUAAAACAGAUAUCUUUGAAAUCACCAGGGAGAGCACCAAGAUAGCUCACCUCUUGGCUGAACUGAAAGCUAUUCAGAGUCACUCGGAGUCUCAGAAAAGUGUUGUUGUCUCUCAGUGGACGAGUAUGUUGAAAGUUGUGGCUGUGCACCUCCAGCGACUAGGGCUGAAGUAUGCAACAGUGGAUGGCUCUGUCAAUCCUAAACAGAGAAUGGAUGUGGUAGAAGAGUUCAAUAACAAUCCCAAAGGGCCUCAGGUAAUGUUGGUGUCGUUGCUGGCUGGAGGCGUUGGCCUGAACUUGACUGGAGGAAACCACCUCUUUCUCCUUGACAUGCACUGGAAUCCUGCUCUCGAGGACCAGGCGUGUGACCGCAUUUACCGCGUGGGGCAGCAGAAGGAUGUUGUGAUACACAGGUUUGUCUGUGAAGGAACAGUAGAAGAAAAGAUUGUACAACUCCAGAGGAGGAAGAAAGUUCUCGCCCAGCAGGUGCUGUCGGGCAAAGGGGAGGCCUUCACUAAGCUCACUCUGGCGGACCUCAAAAUUCUCUUCGGCAUCUAGUUAUCCUUUACAAUACACAACAGAAAGUGAUUUUAUACCUACAAGUACCUGUGCAGACUUCAACAAAGGACUGCUGUUUUAAGGUGGUCAUUUAUUUUGAAAAAAUAACUACAUUUUUGUAACUCUUCCAGGAAGAGAAGUUCUCAACUUCAGGAAUUUGUUUUAAUGCUGAAAUUAAAUCGUGUAUCCAAAGGUUAGUAAAGUUAUAAAUUAAGCUAUUGUUUUAAAACACUUUUCAGUAAAUAUUAAAAACAAACAUUUGCUUG